AUGCAUGGUUUGUUUACAGUGAAGGUGAAAUCGUCGUUCCUAUAUACUCGGUACAAAAUGGAAGAACCCAGCAUUAAGUAUAUUCUUCUACGUGAUCGUGUCGGACACGCAGUUGAAAAAAACUUAUUGACGCUUGGCCUUACGAUGAAGUCUACACCAAUGCAAGUUUUGCGAGGCGAGAUAUUAGAAGGUGUUCUUGAGGCUGAACAGCCCACAGACUUAACUAAAGUUGCUGUUGCUGUAAUUGAACGUAAAUCAAUACGUCUUAAAUGUCCUAAGGAGGAUGUGGCUCGACUGUCUGAGGAAGAAACCAACUUGCUUUUAGCAAUUACUUUAUCUGAAGGAAGAUACCAAACGUAUAUAGAUAGGAAUCGUCUGGCACUUGGCCGACAAUUGUCACACGGAAGUGCUGUUUUCGUCGAAUUGAAAGGAUUCUCAAAGGUUUUACCUGGUAUUGUUUGGUACAAAGGUGUAUUACCACCCAGUCUGGGAACUUGGUUUGGAGUUGAACUCAUCAGACAUCCAGGGUCAGGAACAUGUGAUGGAACAUUUAGAAACAAGCGAUACUUUAGCUGUCAGCCAGACUCUGGGGUUUUUGUUGGACUGGACAAAUUGACAGCUAGAGAAGGUGAAGAUGACUUGAAAUCUUCAAAAAUUACAAAAAAAGAUGAGCAUAUUCAGGCCAAACUUAAAUCAAGUCUUAAGGAUUCAAUACUGUCAUUUUGGAGGGGAAAACAUGAGCAAAGGUCACUUCAAGGAAUUGAUGGAGUGCUUACGACUUAUGAGAGAGUUGUGACAUUUAUUAAGGAUUCUCCAGCCAGAGGAACUGUGCAAUAUAUUGGAGAGGAGGUUGAUUCAACUGGAAAUGCUUACAUAAUUGUAGGACUAGAACUGGAUGAAAGAUUGGGAUCUGGUACUGGUAAAAGAUUUGGCUCUCAAAAGUUUGUUUGUAAGAGAGAUUAUGCAGCAUUUGUACCAUUGAAAACUGUCAUACCAGAGAAGGACUUUGAUGGUAAUCCUGGAAAAGCUGGAAGACAAGAAGCUCAGGGAAAGUGUGAGCAAAUUCAUGAAGGUGAAAUGUAUGCAAGAUCAAUGAGCUGUGGUAAUGUACCAUCAGGUAGUAGUAAGGAAUCUGUCAGAAAACUAAGAAGAACAAAUUCAACGACCUCUGCUGAAACAGAGGCUGCUAGAGAAUCCAGCAAAAGCGAUCUAGUCAGUCAGAUGCUUAGGGAGUUUGAGGGCAAAAACCUGCUUGACAAUCAAGAUAAUGAUGUCAUCAUGUUUGAUGAAGAAAGAACAGACAGUGCCAAAAAUUUUCACUUUAAAGAUGGUCAUUUGAAAAACACUCCCCAAGACAGGUCUGUUAGUCAUGGGACUAAGAUUACAGUGCAGCCUGGUUUGUCAAAUGGUGACUGUAAUUAUACCAAUUUUAACUAUCAAAACACUACUCAAGAAUAUGAUGACUAUAUUAUAACUAAGAGGCUGGCAAGUGCAUAUCAUGGUGAAUUGUUAGACCGGCGACUAACGGAGAAAGAGGAGCAAGAAGGAAAUGGUCACAGGCUGGUGAGAGAACUGAAGGAGCAGGUGACACAUUUGCAAGCAGAACUACGAGAGAAAGAGCUGAGAGAGACCAGCUUACAUGAACAGCUGAGGAAAAAAGAACACCUUGAAGAAAAUUUAAAGAAACAAUUGACUGAGAUGGAGGAGCAGCUGACAAACCUGCGUGGACAAAUACAAGAGAGAAAUGAACAACUGAGAGAUGUAACCCAGGAAAUGACGAUUGUCCGAGGGCAGCUACAAGGAAAAGAUGAAGAAACUGCUAACUUACGAAAUCAAGCCACUGUCCUAAGGCAACAACUGGAGGAAAAGGACCAGGAAAUGAAUGAAUUGGAAACAACUCUGUUCAAAGCUCAGGAUGAGUUGCGUGAAUAUCAACGACAACAGUCCCCUGAGUGGGUCAUUUCACGGGAUCAUAUUCAGCUGACAAGUAAAUUUCUCGGCAAAGGAGGCUGGGGAAGUGUUGUCGAAGGCAAAUAUUGUGGUUGUUCGGUUGCGGUGAAACAGAUUCAUGAGUUGAUUCUCUCUCCUUACAACCGCGAAUUAUUUGAGCGAGAAAUGGAUAUUGCUUCGAGAUGCCGCCACCCUUGCUUGCUGCAGUUCAUCGGAGCUACAAAUGACGAAGGGAAUCCAUUGUUUGUGACAGAACUGAUGGAAACAAGUUUACGCACUCUGUUGGAACAGAGAGCUCUUUCUGAGGCUGAAUUGUCUGUUGUUUCCCUGGAUGUGGCUCGGGCGCUAAGGAUGUUUGCAACGAGAGCCUGA